AUCAAUAAACUGGACAAGGCGGUGGCAGCUGCCAACACGUUUUUCCAGGCCAACCCAGACCACUCGGAGAUGAAGCAGAAUCUCGACUAUUACAGGAUGAUGGCAGGAGUUCAGGAGGAGGACUUCAAAGAUCUGGAGACCAGUCCACAUAUGGCUGAGUUUCUGCUGGGGAAACGCCACUACAGCGACGACUCUUUUGGACUGGCAGCUGAACAUUUCGAGGCAGCCCUGGAGGAGUACUCCAUCGCUGACAAGGAGUGCAGAGCACUGUGUGAGGGAGCCUACCGCUUCGAUGGCUACACCUACAUGGAGUACAACGCAGACCUGUUCCAGUCUAUGACAGACCACUACCUGCAGGUUCUGAACUGUAAGCAGCUGUGCUCCGUGGAACUGGCCUCAGCUGCUGGCAGAGACAAACCCUUUGAGGACUUCCUGCCUUCACACUUCAACUACCUGCAGUUUUCCUACUACAACAGUGAGAAGUAUGAGCAGGCUAUAGAGUGUGCCAGGACCUUCCUGUUGUUCCACCCUGAUGACCAGGUGAUGAACCAGAACCUGAACUAUUAUUCAGCUGUGCUGGGUGAGGACAAGGCCAGAACCAUAUCCGCCAGACAGACGGUGAAAGAGUACAUCCAGCAGUCCAUACUGGAGAAGGAACUGCUCUACUUUGGAUAUGAAGCCUUUGGACUCACAUUUGUUGAUCCGGACACAUGGACCCCUGAAGGUGUGAUGCCAAAGAAACUGAGAGACAAACAGAAGGCUGACAGAGAGACCGCAGCGAGGAUCACUGAGGAAAUAGGAAACCUGAUGAAAGAGAUUGAGACUCUGGUUGAGGAGAAAAAGAAGGAUUCUUCAGACUUGACCAAGAUACUUGCACCACAAGAAGCUGGUGCUGUGCUGUACGACGACAUCAAGGUGACCAUGACGUCCCAGCAGCUGAACGGCUCUCAGCGAGUGCUGCUGGACCAAGUGAUCAGCAGCGACGAGUGCAGGGAGCUGCAGCGCCUCUCCAACGUGGCUGCUCUGAAAGGUGACGGCUACAGUGGACAGCCGUCUCCUCACACCCCCAGUGAGAUGUUUCAGGGGGUCAGUGUCCUGAAGGCUGUCAAGCUCGGGCAGGAGGGGAAGGUUCCUCUGAAGAGCGCUCGCUUGUUCCUAGACCUCAGUGAGAAGGUGAGGAAAGUGUUGGAGUCGUACUUCAGUCUGGACACUCCUCUCUACUUCUCCUACUCUCACCUGGUCUGUCGCUCCGCCAUCGAUGAGAAGGCGGAGAACCGAAACGACCUGAGCCACCCUGUUCAUGUGGACAACUGUGUGCUGAUUCCUGAGAUAAACCAGUGUGUCCAAGAACCUCCUGCAUACACACACAGAGAUUACAGUGCCAUCCUUUAUCUGAACGACGACUUUGAAGGAGGAGAGUUUAUUUUCACAGAGCUGGAUGCAGAAACAGUCACGGCUGAGGUCCAUCCACGUUGUGGCCGUGUUGUCGGGUUUGGAGCAGGGAAGGAGAACCCUCAUGGUGUCCGAGCUGUCACCAAGGGUCAGAGGUGUGCUGUUGCUCUGUGGUUCACCCUCAACCCUGCUCAUGAAGAAAAGGAGAGGAUUCAAGCUCAGGAGAUGAUGAAGAUGUUUUCCACACCUGUGAAUGCUGAGUUCAGCCAAAACAACUCAAAUGACUCUUCAGAGGUUGACCAGGUGGCAGCAGACAAACAACAAGACAACGCAACAUCAGAACCAAAGCUGGACACAUCUGCUGGGUCAGAGGCAAUAAAACCAGUAGACCUGCCAAAGGACUCUGCUGAAACAAAACCAGUUCCCAAAAAAUCCAAUAAGGUCAAAGCUGUACCAAAGUCAAAGACCAAAGGUGAACCUGCUGUUAAGAAAGUUGUCAAAAAGACAGUAAAAACACGACUCCAGCAGGCUGAUGGAAAGGACUCAGAUCCAGCUUCAACACAGUCAAACAAAGUUCCACCUGAGACGGACUCGUCAGUGUCCGGCUCUCAGAGCAGCAAGAACGAGCUGUGAUCGCAGUCCAUCUUUUCUCUUCAGGAUGUUCUGUUGCACUCAUUUUAAAAUAAAUGGAGA